AUGACCCAACCUCCUGGUUUUAUAGAUCCAUCUCAGCCAUCACAUAUCUGCAAGCUUAAUAAGGCCAUUUAUGGUCUUAAACAGGCUCCUAGAGCUUGGUUCCAAAGAAUGACUUCCUUUUUGUUGUCUGUUUGGUUUCUACAAAGUUUGGCAGAUUCAUCCUUGUUUAUCUUUCAUCAUGGCCAGCACACUAUCCACUUCUUGCUAUAUGUUGAUGAUAUCGUGGUCACUGGAAGCAAUGAUCAACUUCUCCAAAGUUUCAUUGAUGCUCUUGGCCGUGGGUUUGAUAUCAAAGAUUUGCGCCAUCUCCACUAUUUUCUCGGUCUGCAGGUACACACAAAAUCUCAUGGGCUGCAUAUCAAUCAGGUGAAAUAUGCUCAUGAUCUUCUUACUAAGCAUGAUAUGCUACUCAGCAAGCCAGUGAGUACACCUAUGUCCUCUAAACAUGAUCUCACUGCUCCUGAUGGUGCCUUUCUUGACAAUCCCACAGAAUUUCGGACACUCGUGGGAUCAUUACAGUACCUCAUGAUUACUUGUCCGGAUAUUGCCUUUUCGGUGAAUUCGGUUUCUCAGUUUAUGAGUCAGCCUCGUGUCCCUCAUAUGGUUGUUGUGAAGCGCAUUCUUCGAUAUGUCAAAGGCACUCUUGGUCAUGGUUUAUUUUUUGCACCUCAACGGCCGCCAGUUCAUUUCUUUGCUUAUUCUGACACAGAUUGGGCCAGCUGUCUUGCCUCCCGUCGUUCCACAUCAGGUUAUCUUGUUUAUCUUGGUUCCAAUUUGAUCUCUUGGUGCUCCAAGAAGCAACCGACAAUUGCUCGUUCCAGUGCUGAAUCGGAAUAUCGCUAUCUUACUUAUGCUUACGCUGAAACUACUUGGUUGGCCUACCUGUUAUAUGAAUUAGGUGCAUGCAUCUAG